GGCGGGAAGAGAGCGGGCCCCCCUUGGGCCUUCACAACCUCUCACCAUGCCUCGCGUCAACCAACACCCAUAAGAGGUAGAAUGGCGGAGGGCCCGAUGACGCUAGGCGCCCUGUACCGGGUUUGGCUUAUCAGGUGCAGGGAGUCGAGAAAGCUAGUUCUUGUCGUCGUAGCUAUAGCUCUCCUUCUGGACAACAUGCUUCUUACAACAGUGGUUCCAAUCAUCCCUGAUUUUCUUUAUGAGAUCGAACACCCCAAGGAAAAAGAGGCACUGCAAAAGCAUAUCGUGACGACUCUCCCACCGGUCUCAACAACCCAGUCGCCCUUUUUUGAAUUUAACUCCACAUUGGACACAUCUUAUCCUCCAGAGAACACAACCGCUGAACCUUCGAUGGAAGAAAAGAGACACAAGGACCUCGCAAAAGAAACGGUUUCUGUCGGAUUGAUGUUCGCUUCCAAAGCCUUUGUCCAGCUCAUAGCCAACCCCUUUGUAGGACCUUUGACAAACAAAAUUGGCUACAGUAUUCCAAUGUUGAUAGGAUUUAUCAUUAUGUUUCUUUCUACCAUAAUUUUUGCUUUUGGACGUACAUAUUCUGUUUUGUUUAUUGCCCGGGCUCUGCAAGGUAUUGGAUCAUCCUGUUCAAGUGUAGCAGGAAUGGGUAUGCUAGCUGAGCGAUACCCCGAUGACAAAGAACGAGGUAAUGCAAUGGGCUUUGCAUUAGGCGGCUUGGCUCUAGGCGUCUUGAUUGGGCCUCCGUUCGGAGGGAUUAUGUACGAAUUUGUAAGCAAGUCUGCCCCAUUCAUAGUACUGGCCAUACUUGCACUUGUAGAUGGAUUACUACAACUUUUGCUUCUACAACCAGGCAUUGUAAAACAGGAAACUGAAUCACAUUCCCUGAAAGCGUUAAUUACUGAUCCUUACAUACUGAUUGCUGCUGGUGCGAUUACAUUUGCAAACACUGGAAUCGCUAUGCUUGAGCCUUCGCUUCCCAUUUGGAUGAUGGAUACGAUGGGGUCAGGACGCUGGGAGCAAGGUGUUGCUUUUCUCCCUGCCAGCAUUUCAUAUUUGAUUGGUACAAACUUGUUUGGACCCCUUGGACACCGCAUGGGGAGAUGGUUGGCUACCUUGUUAGGAUUAAUUAUCAUAGGAAUUUGUUUGAUGUGUAUACCCAUGGCAAGCAACAUGUACCACCUUAUUGUACCAAAUGCCGGCCUAGGGUUUGCUAUUGGAAUGGUCGACAGCUCGAUGAUGCCCCAGUUGGCCUAUCUGGUCGACAUAAGGCAUUCUGCAGUUUACGGUAGCGUUUAUGCUAUAGGGGAUGUGGCAUUCUGCCUCGGUUAUGCCAUAGGGCCUGCAAUGAGUGGAACUUUGGUCAAUUCAAUUGGCUUUGAAUGGAUGUUGUUCUUAAUCGCGCUUCUCAACUUUAUCUAUGCACCUUUGAUGGUCAUUAUGAGGAACCCACCAACAAAAGAGGAACAAGAAAUGCUGACGCUUGGUGAAAAAUCUUCAGUUCGUUAUGUUACUUAUCAAAAUGAAGACGAGGAUGAAUGAUAGCUAAUGGUUUUCGGUUAAGAAAUUAACUGAAAUAUAAAUUUAAUUAAUGAAAAAUACUGAUCGCUUACAAAUAUUAUCAGAUGAUCCAUCAAGAAGAUGACAAAAAUUACAAAUUUUGAGGUCCAAAAAGAAGAUGAGCACAAAUGAAAAUCGAAUAGUCAAAUUUAUUAAUUUUAUGAAAUUAGAGUAAAAAGUUUCGUUUAAUUAUUUGCUGUUUCCAGUAAGGCCUACAUCCUUGCACUCAAAAACUCCAAGAGUUAACCAUAUCAUUAUUUUUUUAAAUUUUCAAUUUAGCACCACAGUGUAAUUGUUGUAAAAAAAUGAAAAAAAAAGAAAGGACAAAGCAAUUGUGAUAAAAAUGAAAGAUGCAGUAUUAACCUAAAGUUAUAGGACUGUGAUAAAUAUCGCCUGAUGAUGGCGAAAGUUAAAAUAAAAUGCACUUGUUCUUUUCUGCAAUUAAAAUUGACUUAGUUUAUUUUUGCAUUAAAUAAAUGGAAUAAUGUUAAGCAUCACUCAGCUAUUCAUAAAAAAGCUGCUGAUAAUGUCCCUCCACACGAUCUCAUGGUCAGCUUUGAAAAAAAGCUGAAAUCCGACCAUCCAUCCUUUCAAAACUUCAAUAAGCCGAUGUUAUAAAUCAAAAAUUUAAUUUGGUUCAAGCAAACUUUUCAAAAAUAAAAAAAACUUCUUACAUGUUUUUAGCCAAUACUUUUAAAAUUUCAGAAUUUUGUCAGCCGCUGAAAGGUGUAUACUGUAUCUUUUAUUCCAAAAGAAAUUUAAUUAUUUAAAAUGAAAUUCAGUUUUUCCUAGCCGAUUCAAAAAUAUAAGGGGGUAAAUAAAUUUAUAAGUGCUGUAGUAAAUAUUGCACGGAGGAGAUAUGAAAUCAUUAAUUGUACAUUUAUGAUAGACGCACAAACAUUAGUAUAUUUCUAAAUUCAAAAUUGUCGCAACGAUGUGACACCCGGGCACCCCUCAGUCAAAGAAGGUUGUGAAUGGCUGCACACCGUCUAAUUGGUCAUAAAACCACUGAGGUUGUUGAAAAGAUGGUGCCCAAUUGGCUUUAAAUUAAUCGGCAUUGAAAAUGUUUAUGUAAUUAAAAGUGCGAUCUAUCAAAACAUCGGAUUUGACUUACCAACUAUUCUUAUUGCACAAGUUUGCGACUUAAGUUGUACUGUUGAUUAAAUAUAAAAUUAAACAAAAACUUAACGAUUUGAAAAAGAAAAUUACAAUAUUUAAAAGUAUUGGGACGAUGCCUCUCAGAUGGUCUUCGUGAGUUGCUUUUCGGGUUUGGUAUAUUUCGAUGGAAGAGCUUACUUCUAUUCCAUAGUUGGUUAAACAUAUGGGUUGGUUAUAAUAAAUUUAUAGUAUAUGUAUAUGUUCUGUAUUAUCUCUUAUUAGUAAUAUACAAGUACAUUGUAGUGGCAUUGAAUAAAUUAAUCCACAGUUCAUGUUAAAAUAAUCUGUUAGUCCAAUAAAUGAAAAGGACUUGGUGUUUCUGAACUUCUGCUGAAUGAUUUCAGAUUGUUGUUAAUGCAUACAAAAAUAUUGUAAAUGAAAGAAUUGCCUAUGUUUUGUCAUUACAAAUUUAUCUUUAUAAUUAUUCACUAAAAUAUUUUCUUUUAAAUUUCAAAGAGCAUUCAGAUACUCUGGAAUGUCAUUGUGAAAUGACAAUAACCUAUUGUUAUGCAUAUUUAAUAAAACUACUAUUUAUGAAUAGUAUAUUAAGCUGGUUUGGGUCCGAAAAAUAAGACGAUAGCCGACCACUAUUUGGAAAACCAAAUUAUUUAUUGGUUUCUGGGAGGCUCGUCUUUUUAUUGUCAUGUUAUACAAAUAAAUAUAAUAUUCUAUAUAUGUGACUAAGUCAGUGGCUGCUAACUGUGGAAGCUUAACAUUGUUGUUACUUUAAUGGUGUUCUUGCUGUUAAUGUGGUGCAAUAAAAUGUUGUAAAACAG